AGUUUAAUUGGCUAUCCCGAUAUACCUUCAUUAUCUAAUAACCCACAUGCAUUAACUAUUCAUAUAGUUUAAUAUAUAUAUUUGGAAUUUUAAGCAGUUCGUGAAUGAGAUCUGGUAUUGGUUUUUUAUUAGAUUUGUCACACAGUAAAUAGCUUUCUCUCUGAUCAAUAUAUAAUACGAUCUCAAACGUUCACCGCGUUUAAUUUGAAUUUCUGAAGGAUUCACUUGUGACUAUUUACCUUUAAUACUCGAAGAAUAACACCCUAGCGAGGAUUAAAAUAUGCUUUAAUAUGUUUUAAUUGAAUAAACCAAGUUUCAGAAAUUAAAUGAUUGGAAAAAAGUUCGGAAGUAGUACAAAAUUCGGAGUAUAGUUUAAAAGCUGAAUCAUCAUGACUAGCAAACUUACAGUGCUUUCGCAUUUUGCGUUGGCGUUUAUUCUACUCGGUAUGGGGGCGCAUGUUUUGGGGUUUGUCACCGACUUCUGGUGCUCGGGGUCAAGGACGAAAACUUUAGAUCAUACAUCCAGUGGCAACGACAUCUUAAAUGAAAAUAUAACAGAUGCAAAAGCCUUGCAUGUCAACUUGGGGCUUUUCAGACAGCAAGUGGAAUAUGCUGGUGGAAUGGUAUACAAAGAGGAAACGGCCCUGAAAAUACGAGAAGAACAGAUAUUAAUACUGGCGAUUGCAGGAACAAACACAUUACUGUGUUUGAUUUUAUACAUCCGGGCAAUUCACAUAUUUGUUGGCAUUUCCUCAUUCAUCAUUAUGUCGCUUAUGCUUUUAUCCGCGUUUUAUACAUUCGAACAUACCAAUGACAGUCUCGCCAAAGUUCAAGCAUAUCACUCCCAGUGGCCUAAAAUGGCGUUGUCAUGGUCUUUCAUAUGCGUAUUUGCUGGACUUCUUGUUAAUAUCAUUUCAACUGUAAUAUUUCUGUCAAUUAUACUGAUAAAAGGAGAACGCAAAGCAUCUAAAUCUUCGAAAGGAUUGGGCCCUUCUCAUGUUCUUGAUGCAGACGACAAAACUCCAAUUGUAAGCGUCAUUUCCGGAAACCAUACAUACGAAAACGAGGCUUUCACAAGGGAAAACCAAAAUCAUUCACAAACGAACACAUCUAACGCAGAAAACGCGAGUACCAGCUAUCCGGUACCAGAUAAUUUUUGUAAUGAAACGGAUAUUGUGCUCGAAGACAAGGGCGACAAAUCUGUGACAGAUUCAAACGACUUAUCAUUUAGUUUUGUUCCUGGCGAGCCGUUCACGGACUUAGAUGCUAUUGAGUCUGAUAAUGAGUUUGACAACAAUGAACAGAACAUAACUUCAAUAACAGAGAGUAUUCGAUUAUGAUAUCACGUGUGCGUUGAUUCCGUUUACAUAUGCAAGGGAGGUAACUGUACCGAAAUAUAUUUCUAUAUAAAACGGAUUAGUUAAAUAAUCAAAUCAUUUACGAAAAGUAAAUAUACUUUGUGCAUAAUACUUACAUUGUACUUGCGAUUCAGUUAUCUGGUUGU